GUCCCACCCCCCAAGUAUUCUCAGAUACAUCCGUCUUCCUCUCCUCCUCUUACUGCCUCAGCCUUUUCUAGCUUUUCUGUCUUUUCUCUAUGAGAGAUUAAAAGAGAGAUCAAAUCUUUGUGAAAAGUAAAAAGGCUGUUCCAAUCAUGUUGGUUUACCAGGAUCUUAUCUCUGGUGACGAGCUUCUUUCUGAUUCUUUCCCUUACAAGGAAAUCGAGAAUGGGAUUUUGUGGGAAGUGGCAGGCAAGUGGGUCGUUAAAGGCGCGGUUAACGUAGAUAUUGGGGCCAAUCCUUCUGCCGAAGGUGGGGGAGAAGAUGAAGGCGUUGAUGACCAAGCCGUCAAGGUUGUCGACAUUGUGGACACCUUCAGGCUUCAGGAGCAACCUGCUUUUGAUAAGAAGCAGUUUGUUGCUUAUAUCAAAAAGUACAUCAAGAAUUUGACGCCCAAGUUGGCAUCCGAGAAGCAAGAGUCGUUCAAGAAAAACAUCGAGGGAGCUACUAAGUUCCUUCUCUCGAAACUGAAGGAUCUUCAAUUUUUUGUUGGGGAGAGCAUGCACGACGAUGGGACGGUAGUGUUUGCAUAUUACAAAGAUGGCGCGACUGAUCCAACUUUUCUGUACUUAGCCUAUGGGCUGAAGGAGGUGAAGUGUUGAUGACGGACAAAAGUGCAAGUUUUGCACCCGCAAGUUUGAUAUAGUUGAGUUUUGUUUAUUUUACUUACUGUUUUUUAUAUACUUCUAGUUUUAGUUUUAGUUUUGAGUUUGCAAUGUUUACGGAUUAGAAUUUUGAGUUGCGACGUUUUGGUUAAAAUACACUUCUGCAGUAUAUUAGUUAUACGGAAUGAAUUUUUGGUUCCGAUUUUCUUUUCU